ACAACAGCAGAUUUUUAGCAUCGUCACGGGAUAACCACCUCCCUCCUUUUUAAAUGAGGGAUUUAAACAUAACUGCGUGUAGUUUUGUGCUUUUGUCCUAAAUUGGCUGGGGAUCAUCCUGAUGUGCCUCACAGCAUCAUCAUCAUCAUCACCAUUGGGACAAUUAAGGAGUGUUUAGUGAGCAAACAAGAUGGCGGCCGGGCAGCAUCACCGCUCGCUGCUGUCUCUGCUGCUUCUUCUUUGCUUCCUCCCGCCCGGCCACACGCGAACCUCCGCUAUUUCGGACUUAAAGUCGAAAAUAUCCGGAGUGGAAGAGCUCCUGGAGGAGUUCCGCAAGCAGCUCCAGCAGGACCAAACGUACAGGCCGAGCGAGGUGGCCGACUCGUGCGUGAGCGAUUUCGCCUCGGCCCGGGAGAGCAUCAUCCGAGCCAAGGCCUCCAUCGAGCAGGGCGCCACCUUCCUGAUGGCGCCGGACCGAGUGUACACCUGGCGGGACUGUGUUCACGCCUGCUGCUCCCAGCCUCACUGCACCGUGGCGGUGGUCCAGGGGGAGCCGAGGCAGCCCGGGGAGAGCCUCAACUGCUACCUGUUCAAUUGUACCUACAGGAGCCAAAAUGUCUGCUCCUUUGCACCGCAGCCGGGCUUCACCUCGCACAGCCGCCCGGUGAACGCCACGCUGGGGCAACUCCUGCCGGUUUCCCCCGGGGGCUUGGAGCGGACUACUGGAGAGCUGGAUGAUACCCAAGAGGUAGACGAGCCCCCCCGCUGCGACGCCGGACAGGAUGUGAUGAUCCAGCUGCCCACCGACUGGGCUGUUCUGGACGGGCGCGACAGCGUAGACGACCAUGAGAUCAGUCGCUAUGACUGGACUCUGGUCAAGGGGGACACAGCCGUUACUAUGAAGUCUACUCAUCCCGGGUUGUUAAAGGUCACGGGUCUCCAGGAAGGUGUCUACACUUUCCAGAUGACUGUUACUGACACAUCGGGCCAAAAGAGCUCAGACAACGUGUCCGUCACCGUGUUGGCACCCAAGCACCAAGCAGAAGUUUGUACGGGACGCUGCUCCAACUACCAGUUCAAAUGUGACGACGGCUGCUGCAUCGACAUCACCUUCGCUUGUGACGGGAAGCAACAUUGUCCCGAUCGCUCCGAUGAAGAUUUCUGUCCAAACUUCGACACCAGCAGGAAGUCGGUGACCCACACCGAAGGUCUGCCCGUAUCCCAGCUUGCAGCCACGCGCACUGAGGACAGCUUUAUGGUCCAGACUGGACCCAGCAAGACUACGGAGAACAACAGACCUUCUCAGGAGAGGAACAAAGUCACACCGCAACCCCGUCAACAACCGGAGACAGCCAGUCAAGACCCGUGUGCCUCUGCUCCAGUAGUAGGACCGUGCAAGGGUACUUUUGCACGCUGGUACUAUGAUCAGGACGCAGGAGAAUGCAAACACUUCCUGUACGGCGGUUGCCAGGGCAACCAUAACAACUUCCUCCAGGAGUCGGACUGCGUCAGUGAAUGUAUACAGAAAAGUCCAGCCUUCAAACCAGCAAGUGUGUCUCCUCCUGUCACCAAACAGACUGACAUAACUUCACAGAGCCAAGAUAGCGACAACCCGCUGUCCAAACCUGUCAAGGGAGGACAUCCGGGCCCAGAGUCAGGCGCCAUCCUCCCACUGGCACUGGGCCUGAUCAUCACCGCACUGCUGCUGCUCAUGAUCGGCUGCCGGCUGCGGCUGGUUCGCCACAGGCUCAAGAAAACGCGACCCCUCACCACGGAGGAGUCCGAUUACCUCAUCAAUGGUAUGUACCUGUAGCCGCAGCAGACCUGGCAUGUAGGUUGGGGAAAGGACGCUGCCGCUAUGGAGCCUGAGUCUGGACUUUUUUCAGUUUGCAGUUUUUUCCCCCUCUGUAGCCUGAUGUCUGUAAUUAUCUCAUCUGAUGCUUGGACUGUUCACUGGAGCCCCGUUUUUCCCUGUUUACGCUGCUCACUGAUUUUUUUUUUCUUUCUCAAGUGGCACACAUUGAUCAUAUUUUGCCAGUCCAAACGCUCCAAAGUGCUUCAAAUCUAACAUUUUCGCAUCAGGAAGUAGUCCGAAUCAUCUUGCAGAGUGGACUUCUUUGGACUUCUCAGUCAAACACAUCAUCAGCAGCUUUUCCAUAUAUUUAUGUGUAAAUGUUCGCUGUUUAGAUAUUAUUUUGAUAUGAAUAUCAUUCACUUUUUAAUUUCACCACUGUCCUUCCCACUCAUGUCUUGGAAAACCAAGUUAUGUCCAUGUCUAGCUGUAAGCGAGUAAGACCAGAUGUUUUAGGCAGAUCUUCCGAGCUUCGCUGUGGCAUUUGCUAUACCAACUAAUGGCGGGGAUGCUUGUGACUCAGAAUUUUGCUUUAACCUUAAAAGCGUAACAUUUAGCCAAAAGACGGCUCUUACCUCAAAACACUCGUAAGUUGAAGUAACACUGUAUAUUUAGAACUGAUAUUUUCUUAUGUCACAAACAAAACGAGCUCUUCUUAUGCUCUGGCGGACCAGGCGCCUUGUACUGUAAUGUGUGUAUGUGCCACGGUGAAUAGGUAGCACCAGGUCUACCUGUAGCGGUCCGAACGUAUUCCUGGCAGGCAACCACAAAUAAACGAAUUCACGGGAAAAACUGAAUAAAUGAGGCAUGCAAAUCUUACAACAACUCACGCUUCAAUCCCGGUUUUUGGGGUGACUCAAUUUAGGACCAAUUCUCGAUUCAACACGAUUUUCGCAACAAGAUAAUAUUUCAAAUAUUAUUUGGUAUGGAAACGAUAAUAAAACCUUUUCAAAACAGGUUGCUGAUGCAUACGCGCAGUUAGUAAUUGCCUAAAAAGUCUAUUUUUAAAAAUGAGUCCUUACAAAAAAAUGUUUUAAUUUUUUAAUGCUUUUUUUUUUUUUAUUCGGAUUUGAUUUAUAAUCUGAUUAAUAAGAAUCGCAAUUUGGAUAUGAAUCAAUUUUUUGAACACCCCUAUUAUAUAUUAAAUUCAAUGUUCAUUCAUUCAAUGUUUACUUACAGCAUAUAGCCCUAAAUCACAAGUGUCUCAAAGGGCUGCACAAGCCACAACGACAUCCUCGGUUCAGAUCCCAACUCAGGGCAAGGAAAAACUCCACCCAAUGGGACAAUGAGAAACCUUGGAGGGGACCGCAGAUGUGGGGACCCCCACCCCUGGGUGACCGGUGCAAUUGACGUUGAAUGGAUCUAACAUAAUAUUGUGAGAGUCCAGUCCAUAGUGGAUCUAACAUAAUAUUGUGAAAGUCCAGUCCAUAGUGGAUCUAACAUAAUAGUGAGAGUCCAGUCCAUAGUGGGUCCAGCAGGGACAAUCCUGAGCGGAGACAGGUCAGCAUUGCAGAAAUGUACCCAACCGAUACACAGGCGAGCGGUCCACCCCGAGUCCCGACUGGACAGCAAGUGCAUUAAAAAACUAAUAGAAGUUUUUACAAUUUUUUUUUUGUAAAAUACCUAAUUUUUAAAAACAGGUACUAUUUACAUAACAGAAUAGACUUUUUUUUUUUUUUUUUAAAUUUGAAGUAAAAACUUGUUCUAAUAAACUGAUAAAAUCCUGGAUUAAUUGACCCAAGUGACCUAGACAUGUUGUCCAUGUAGUGUCGAAGUUAUAUCGGGAAAUAAAUCUUGAUACAUUUGCACCCAGAAUGAAUCAACUCCAUCAUAAAUUUCUUUCAGCAGCUGGAAAAUUUUCACAACAUUAGUUUUGUUGUUAAUUUUUUGUUGUUUUGUGGCAAACGACUGCAAGUUGUAUGUAUAAGGAUCACUGAAAAUGUGCAUUUACUGACUAGUACAGGGGUCGGCAACCUUGUAUACUCUAGCCUUUAAAUAGACUCCCUUUUUAGACCAGUUGAUCUGCCGUUUCUUUUCUUUUUCUUCUAUGUCCCACUCUCCCUUGUGGAGGGGGUCCGGUCCGAUCCGGUGGCCAUGUACUGCUUGCCUGUGUAUCGGCUGGGGACAUCUCUGCCCUGCUGAUCCGCCUCCGCUUGGGAUGGUUUCCUGCUGGCUCCGCUAUGAACAGGACUCUCGCUGCUGUGUUGGAUCCGCUUUGGACUGGACUCUCGCGACUGUGUUGGAUCCAUUAUGGAUUGAACUUUCACAGUAUCAUGUUAGACCCGCUCGACAUCCAUUGCUUUCCUCCUCUCCAAGGUUCUCAUAGUCAUCAUUGUCACCGACGUCCCACUGGGUCAUUAUUGUCACCGAUGUCCCACUGGGUGUGAGUUUUCCUUGCACUUAUGUGGGCCUACCGAGGAUGUCGUAGUGGUUUGUGCAGCCCUUUGAGACACUAGUGAUUUAGGGCUAUAUAAGUAAACAUUGAUUGAUUGAUAAUGUUGAAAGAGCCAUAUUGGACCAAAAAUACAAAAAAAAAAAAUUAGUCUGGAGCCCCAAACAAUGUAAAGCCUUAUAUAAGUGUUAAAAUGAAGGCAACACAUGAUGUAAGGGUCUAUAUUAGCUAUAUUAAACUACUAUCAAAAUGACUGUGUCGCAGGCUGCUGCAAAUCUUCGUUGACAGAAAUGUUGAAAUGUAAUCUUUAUUCUACACAUUUUUACAACAUACUAAAACGGAGGCUUUUCAGAGGGUGUGAUAACUCAUGGAAAUUACUGGCUCAGAAUGGUCACAAGUAAAAAUGUGUGUGUUCAAGUUGAAGGAAACGGAAAUUACAAAUAAAAUGACCUCAAAUAUACCUAAAAUACGAGGCAUAAUGAUGCAUUGUGUACAUAAAGCUAGCAAAAAUAGCCUGUUAGCAUUGAUUAGCUUGCAGUCAUGCAGUGACCAAAUAUGCUUGAUUAGCACUCCACACAAGUGAAUAAUGUCAACAAAGCUCAUCUUUGUGGAUUCACGCACAGCAUAAAAUGUUUGGUGGACAAAAUGAGGCAAAAAAGGGGUGGCAUAAAACAUGUCUUUCUAUGGCAACAUCAAGGAAUCAAACUACGGCGCGUUCAAGGACUUCCGAAAUUAGGACAAAAUGUCACGUGCCAAAUCCUCUCAUCAGUGAAGCAUGUUUAAUGUAAACAGUGGGAUUUCUAACAAUUAGGAAAGUUUGUGUCAUGUUUGUCCUCCUACAGAAACCAUGUUUUUAACCUCUUAAGGCCCAAGCUGUUUGUUUGUAUGCUUUUUUAUAUUUCUCUUUGCUAUUUGGGCUUAUUGGACCCAAAUUAUGAUUCUUACUUUUUAUUCUAAUUAGAAUAGAGUUUUAUGACAAUACAACUCUAUUCUAAUUAGAAUAAAAAUUAACAAUCAUCUUUUGAUAUGAUAUACUUAGUCCAUAAGUACACAAACAUGUACUUCAUGUGUAGUGACAUGCUAAUAUUUUUACACUUUUUUUUUCCAAAUUCCAUUGUAUGUUAUACUCUUCUGACACCACCAGAUGGCAGUAUAAGUGUCCACAUAAGCAGCCAUAAGACCCCAAUUCAGUAGUGUACACAAGUUUGUAAAUAAGAGCUAAAAGAUGCUGUCCUUGCAUGUGGCCACUAAGCCUUUAGAGGUUUUAAAACAAAAUAUAUAUAUUUUUUUCCAUUUUCUCACAUUUUUGAAAAGGCUCCAGGGAGCCACUAGGGCGGCGCUAAAGAACCGUGCGUUGCCCACCCCCGGACUAGAGAUAUAUAGAGAGUACUGUAGAAAUGAAAGGCUAUUUUAUUGUCAUGUAUUUUUGUUAUAGUCUUCAAACAUUGCUCCGUCUGAGCACACGUUUCCGCAAACGCUCCGUGCCAUAAUUGUGCUCUCCACCAAAAAACACAUGAAUGACCUGUGGAUAGAAAUGUAAAUACCAUUCACUUCCAUACUGUAUACAGGCAAUAUUUUUUUCCUGCUGAAACAUAAGCCAUAUAGCAAAUGGUCAUGUAGUACUCCUGGCCUGUUCUCAUAUUGCAAAGCAUCAUGGGUAUGUGCUAUCAAUGAAGUCAUGUAUCCCUUCAUCUGAGAAUAAAGAUGUUUAUAUAAAAGGAUCAAUGGGAAGUUGACCGGUGGAA